AUGAGCGACGAAGCGGAGUUGGAUAUCAAUGUGGAUCAAAUGAUUGAUCCCACUAAAAAUGUUUUUGCCGAAUGUCUUCCAGUCAUUGCCGAACUCAAUAAUGUUAUCGAUUCUAGAGAAAAACACUUAAAUUCAUACAAUGAAAUCAUUAUCACUAAAAUGUUUCAUGAGUUUAAUCUGUCGGAAAACCCGGAAGCAGCCAUACAAAAAUAUUUGCCAUACCAUCGUAAAACUUACAACAUGUCUCCAGAAACAUAUCUUGAGUCAAUACUAGAAGAAUACAAACACAAUCCAUGGGCAAAAGCGCUGGCUAAGGAAUGUACAAGAAUGGACAAAUUCUUCACCAAAUCAUCGAUCAUGGCAUGUUUUAAGAAGUUUCUAACAGAAAUAGAAAAAGCAAAGUCUGAUAAUGAAGAUCAAGUAUCCCAAGAAAGAUUGACGUCUGAAACGGAAGGCAUUGAGCAUACAAGAAAACUCUACAUUGCUGAAACAUUGUUGGAUACCUUUGCAAAGCUUUAUGAGAGUGAAGUCAAAGAACACAAAUUAAUGUGCGACAUUCAAAAAACGAAUAUUGAGAUUGUUCAGUCACAGCUGGACAAAAUGAGGGACAUGAUAAUGGCUCGCUAUCGCGAAGUGGCUGAAGCCAACAUGAUGCUUGUCAUUGAAAACAACACAAAGAAGGACGAUGUUGUCAUCAAACUGAAGGCAAAAAUUGAGGAGCUUGAAGAUCUGAACGAUAAAUUGAAGCAGGAAAUUGGCAAAAUUCGCGAUAACAAUAAGAGUGUGAACAAACGCCUUGAAGACGAGAUUCAGAAAAAUAAGGUUUUAGAAGAACAACAAAAAGACCUUAAUAAUAUGAGCCUCGAGAUAAUUGAUCUUAAAGAUCAAGUCCGUGCAAAAAACGAAUUGAAGACAAAACUCUACGACUUACGCCUUGAAAUGGCAGCUAAGGAUCAAAGAAUCAAUGAACUGGAAUCACAAUUAAAGCUGAAACCAACAGUAUUCCGAUCUAUUUGCAAAAAUACUGCUCCUGAAAAGAAAAUGAAAGUUAUUUCUACUGCUACUUCGGACAAUGUCGUUUGCGAAAACUUCAAAAAAGUUGAAGGCUUGUUUGCGGCUCUUUUUGAACUUGAAGAGGUCAAGAAAGUUGCCGAAAACCCCGAUUUUGUUGAGAAAUGUCUUCGCUUUCCUCAAAAUAAACAUGCUGGAAAUGGAGUCAUACACACAACGCAAUUGCCAUCAACUUCCACUCCUUUGACAUCGCAACCGGGAAAACAAAAUGAAACUAUUAUGCAUCGGCAAGUUUCUCCGUCUAAAUGGAAAAACGUUCAUCGAAAACCUCAAGGAUUGGUUGAAAUCGAUGAUGACUCGUGCAUUAUUUGUUAUGAGAAGUUGUCCACGAACAGUGUUAAGUGCGAUACUUGUUAUCGUCGUUUUGACAAGGAUUGUCUCGCCGAAUGGCAAAAGAAAAAUGCAAUUUGCCCGGUUUGUAACGCGCCAUUCCCGAACAUCGACUCCUUCCCAACGCUUCACUAA